AUGAGAAGAAUUAGAAAGGCCAUUAAACUCUCAACCACACACAACACAGCACCAAAAACAGUUUCUUCAACUGAUAUUGAAAAGCUGGACUCUUUAGAAUUCAAUGAUUGGGCAACAUCAACAACUCAAUAUGCAAGACAAGAAAAAUCUCCGGAUGAAAGAAGCUCCUUAACUCAAACAACUCAAAAAAAUGGCACCCAAGAUGUCACACAAACAGUUACUUCAUCAUUCGAAGCCUAUGAUGCAGCAUGCAAGAAAUUAUCAACAAAGUUACGGUUAUUAUCAAAUAGAAUCUUGAGAGAUUUAUUGAAAGAAGAAUUUAAAGUUACACUUGGAUUAUCAUCAUCUAAAGAAACAAUGGUACAAGAAAUUAUUUCUAAAUUAUUUUCUUCAUCACCAUCUCCGAAGGACAAUAUUAUGCAAAAAGCUGAUAUUUUGAUUUAUGAAUGGACCAUCAAACAAAAGGAAAUUACCAACAAUUCGUCAGAUACUGGCACUUCAUCAUCAAAUACUAAAGUGAUGCCUGUUUUAUCUUUCAACAAUAAACAGGUUACCUCUUACAAACAACUAACACGAGAAGAAAUGUAUACACAUGCCAUACAAUACACCACAAAGUAUCCAAAAAGAGAGUAUGGAUCUAAAUCAGUAUAUUGCAAGCAAAAUAAGAUUACCCUUGAUCAGUUAGGAAGAUUAUUGAAACAAUUUGAUAAUGGUAGUUUGACUGGAAAAGAAACAUUAGCAAGAGGUAGAAAAUCUCUAAAAUUAACAAGUGAUGAAAUUGUUUCUGUAAUUACUGAUAUUAGAUCCCAAAGAGAUGCUAAAAAGCAAAUUUCAGAUAAGACAAUCCAUGGAGCUAUCACAAAAAUUACAAAUAAGACA